CCUUGUCCCCUUCCUCUUGCUCUGCCUGAUAUACUUUCCUGUGUUAUCAGACGUGUAAGAUGCAGGCUGUGUCCUGGCAUUAGAUGCGCUGUGUGUUCGUAGCACAUGUGAUGCAGCAAACACCUCUACCAUUAUUUAUCCCCCUCGAUAUCGUUGCUAAGACGUGGACAUUUUCGAAAGUCCCCCUCCGCUGUUGAUCACCACCAUGGCUUCAUCCCAGAUCUCCGGAUCGACACUCAGGCUUCACGGUGCCCCGAACCAGUCGGAACACGAACAAACCAAUCCGUCCCUCUCGAGGACGGCGAUUCUGGUUAGAUUGAAUGAUCAAGUCAUACGUGACUUGCAACAAUGUGCCCAAGGGGGCAAGGCGGUGCAAUUGCUGGGCGGAAAGACACCGAAAAUUCGUUAUGGCGCAAGGUUGUUGGAGCUGAAUGUUCGCCCAGAGACAUUCCGUCAUGAAAUUUACUCGACCGACGGCUCCAAGGACCAACUCGGCUUCGCGGCCUUUGUAUCGCACCAUGCAGAGCUCAAGAUGCCUGCCGAGAAGAAGGCACAAGAAGACGGGCUCGGCGCUGAGGCUGCCUUGGAAGCUCUGAAACAGUCACUGGCAUCCAUGGCCAAGGAGAAAGAGGAAAGGAAGACGACAAUAAGUGGCCUUGUCGACGCUGGUGCCAAAAACUCGAGAUAUCUUCAACCCUCUUCCGCACGACCAAUCUCUCUCUCGCAUCGUUCUGCGUCAUCGUCAUCCACCCCCCGACCCUUGGCUCCCACAUCUGCUCCUUCUGACCCCAACACCCAAGCCAGAGAAAAGGGUAUGCGAUUCGCUCUCGUCCACUUGCUUGCCGUCAGACCCUUGUCCGAACAGGCCAUCCACCAAAAGACCCAUAUUCCCAACUCGCAACUGUCCUCCCUCCUUCCCAAGAUUGCUGAAAAGCAGGGGCUCGCCUGGCAAUUGUCCAACAAAGCGUACAAAGAGCUCGACCCUUGGUCUUUCAAAUACACCACCGAUCAACGAAACUUGGCAAUCGAUCACGCCAUCAGAGCCUUCGACCGAGCCAGGAUACCCACCAACGACAAAGCCUGGCAGACGCUAUUGCCCAAAGAGGAACGCAACAAAGGCAAGAUCCUCUCGCGCCUUCACCUGACUACCGAAAGGAUGGACCAAGCUGGCACACCUGGUCUUGCGCCAACACCUGUUCACGCCAGUGCUGCCGGUACGCCGAAGACUGGAAGCACCGGAACACCCCGGGGUACCAAUGGUACAACUGGAAGAUCUUCUGGUGGUUUUUCCAUCGAAAAGCGGUUGAAGGAGGUCCAGAAGAAAGGCGCUUUGGAAAAGAAAAAGCAAGAAAAAGAAGCUAAAGAAGCUGCUGCUGCUGCAAGUGAUCGUGAGAGCAAACCAAGAAACGUCACUGUUAAGAGAUCGAUACCAUCCAAGAAGGUUGCCCAGAAGAUCAAGUCCGAGGAAGUCGUACACAGCUCAGACGACGAGGAAGAAGGCGAAGUCAAAGACGAACCCAAGCGCAAGAAGGACGACCUGCCUAGGAAGGAGCCACCAAAGCCCAUCGCAAGGCCACGGCCUGCAGCAGCAGAGAGACGUGAGUCUUCUGCCAGUGAGGCUGCUGGCAUGGUCAGGGAUAUCAAAGCAAAGUCGAAGCUAUCGACCUCCGACAAGCUCGCCACAGGUGCUUCUGUGAGGAAAGACAGCGCAAUUUCCAAGGUCAAAACAGAUGCACAGCUUCCGGCCAAACCCGCUUCUCUUCCAAAGAAACCUGAAAGUGCAAUGGCAGCAAAGACAGCCACAAAAGCAAGAGACACUCCAGUCCAGAAACCCGUCAAGGCUGCCCCAACCACCCAGAGACCAAACAUCAGUCCACGAAGACUUACAGACACUAAGCCUAAAGUACCUUCUCCAUUGGGCACGAGUCCUCCGCGAAACGCCUCUGAUCACGUUGAAAAGCUUACCAAGCAACCACCUAAAUCAGUCGCUGCAAAUGUCACCAAGCCUGUCAGACCUACGGCCACUCAUAAAUCGUCAGAGCCACUGAAUUUCUUCGGCGGUGUCAAGCCCGGCUCGCAGUCCAAGAUCAUCACUAAGAAGCGCCCUCUUGAGUCUGAUACUGAUUCUGCCGAGCCUGUCAGGAAGGUAGUCAAAUCAACCACCUCGACUCCAGCCAAAGCCCCAUCCAGUGCGCCGGUAAAGACUCCUAUGGUGAAUGGCUCCGCUAAAGCAUCAGUGGCCAAGGUCCCGCCUACACCUUUGGUGGCUAACACAGACAAAUCUUUGAAGCGCAAAGCUAACGAUAUCUCCUCUGGGAUUCAUGAUCACGCCGCUCCUCCUUCAUCAAAGCACCGCAAGACAGACUCAGGAAGCACACACUCACACGCGGCGACAAACUCUUCGGUCGUCUCUCUUACCACUGCUCCCACCGUCUCGCCUCGCUCUUCUCCUGCAGCCUCGGAGUUAUCUGACGACAAUCUCGCCGGUGUUCUGAACGAUGACUACGAAGGCGGUCCGCUCACUUGGGAGCAAACUCGUGCUGCUGCUGAGACGUUCAGAAGCAAGCUAUACCCGGAGUACCUCGAGCUUUACCGUCGUAUCGAGCGGACCCCUAGUGACAAGGUCGCUAAAGAAGACACUGUACGUCUUUGGCAGCUGCACAACCGCCUCGAGGCUAUCAAGCAUCGUAUCGAAGUUGCUUGUCGCAGUGGUGACAAAAUCGAAAUCUGAGAACACAAACGUUCAUCUUUACAUUUGCAUUUAUUUGGAAGCCGGAGUUUUGGGCUACCACGAUCACUGGAUGGAAAACAUGGUGGAUUGGAAUGGGGGCGCAAUGCAUGUAUUUGGUUUCUGAUACAAAUGGCUUCUGCAAUCACAGUCUCACGACAACACAGCAUGGAGUUUUUCCUGUUCUUCGGGGGUGGAUAUCAACGUUGCAUAAACACAGAUCAAUAAAGACAUUACUUCAUCUAAACGCUCUGCUCACGUUGCCGC